GCCCCUGUGUUCCCCGGCGUUGAGGGGAUCGUCUUUGGUCGUUCACGUCGAUCGCAGCCCUUGAAGUUUAGCAUAUCACUUUGCAAAACUGUCGGCGUCAGCGAGGAUUGGUUUGACGUUUACUGAUUGUCACAAGGGGAGAUAAAUUGACAUGAGUCAAAACGGUUGUUGGAUGCAAAAAGUUGUAGAUUGGCAAAAAUCUAUAAUGCAGAGGGUCGUGAAAUAUGAUUAUUAAUCAAUAUCAAGCAAUGAAUAUUUGUCAUACUGUCUGUUAUACGGUUUGCAACUCGGUUUGCUCUAUCCGAUGAUCAAGCUACCCUGUAGAAGUUAGGUGAAGAUGAGGGUGGUGUAAGAAAAGUUAUUUAUUCACCAGCAUUAAAAAUAUUCUACUCUGAAAUAUAAAUACACUUGUUUGACGAUGAGAGAUGCGGGCCAAAGGUUUACUGUUCUUUCUUAUCUGUGUUGUUGGAAGUAGCAUUCUCUUUAUUGCACUAAGCAACCAGAGACCUUCCAUACAAACUUUGGUUACAGAGACUCACAAGCAGCUACGAAGUUUCCAGGAAAACCUCAAAGAUGUGGAGGAAAAACGGCUGGUUACCGAUUCAAAAUAUCUUGCGCUACUUGGCCUGGACAAUGAGGUCAACACAACACCAAUUGUGCCAAGUCAAAACGUGACUAUUGUUUCGCUCCUACGUCCUGGGAGUGAACAGCAGUUAUAUGGUUUCAUUAAAAACGUUACUCACUUCUUACCAAACUACAAUAUAGUAAUAUAUAGUGUUGGAUUGAACAACGAAGUAUUGCUGGGUGUCAGGUCAACUUGCAACAGCAGUAGAUGCAGCAUAGUCCAGUUCAACUUGAGCCCUUAUCCUGCUCAUACAGAAGAUGAUCGAUUACAUGUUUACAGGCCUUUAGUUAUACAGACUGCUCUGAAGACACUUGGAAACAUAUUUUAUAUAGAUUCAAACGUGCGUUUGAAUUCCACUGAGGUAUCAAGUCAUCUUCAUCCCAAGUAUGGGAUUCUCACAUGGCCAACAAAACACGCAACAAGUUCUUUGACCCACCCAAAAAUGUACGAAUAUUUCCACGCUUCAGCUGAGAGCUUCUUUUUUCUCCCACUCAUUAGGGCCUCAUAUUUAGUCAUUAGGAACACUAAAGAAAUAAGGGAAAAUGUCAUGCUGCCGUGGGUACAAUGCGCUCUGACUAGAGAUUGUAUAUGCCCUAUAGGAGCUCAAUCAGCCGGCUGUCGAUUCAACAAGAGACCACAGUAUCGCUAUUCAGGAUGCCAUGCAUAUGACACUUCUGCAUUAAAUAUCGUGCUUGGAUUGUAUUUUAAAUUUGAUGAUACUUGUUAUAUUUACCAAAGUCAAAAAACUUUUUUCAAGAAGAUACAACCAGAAGAAGUGAUAGAAGAAUAUCUGGCAUUGACCAGACAGAAUAACGUUACAGAGAGUACUCUGAAAAACUUUGUCUCUACGGAGCAUUGAUAUUUUUACAACCCUCAAAUCGAAUAUGUCAGAAACGCUUCUAUUGCUUUAUGCUUCAUAGUCAAACAUAACAAAUCUGGGUUUUUGUCCUUUGAUAUUUAUGAUAAAAACUAAAAGUGAUCUCGGAAUAAAAACAAUUUUUUCAUGCAA